AAACAAUAAUGCAAAUUCAAACGCCAGAAAGAAAAGAAGUGUUUUCACAAUAUAUUUUGUUUAUUAUCGAAAAAAUGAUUGACUGAAUAACUCUGACAUGGCACGUCGAGUUCCUUGGAGACGAGUUUGUCCUGAUGUUGUCGCGAGCAGGAUCGAUGAAGCGAUCCAAGCAAGAAUUUAUCUUCUACGCGAGACGGGACCAACGGGAUUUCUUUUGAAGGAAGAUGGUUCGGAUCGCAAAUUAAAGGUUUGUUUUCGUAAAUUUAAUUAUUUUUACUAAAUUAAUUGUUCACAGAGAACAUUCUCUAGCAACUGCAUUUCUCCUUUUGCUUCUACGUAUUCUGAAUUUCUUUGAAUUAACAGAGCUUAAGUUAAACAUGGCCUAACAUGUGUACAGUUUCAUAAUGAAACUGUAGUCAGUCAGCCAGGAAAUUAAUCAGCUAAAAUCUAGAUGGAGGGAGGGUUCUCAUAUGCCACCAACCUGCUUGUCGCUGGAGACAUUGACUUUUUGUCCUCGGGCAGUGAUGUCGAAGUGAAGUCCCAUGGACAUGUGACAUUUGACUAUGACAUGUCACUGGUGAAAAGGCGUGCGAAAUGAUAGAUAAGGGGUGCUUACCAUUUUGACAGAAAAUUUCGGAAAUUCCGGAUGGAAAUUAAAUGGUAAGGUCACUUUUCGGGAAUUCUUACCGAAAAUUGAGGAGUACGUUUUGAAGUAGUCCUUUCAUUCUGGUUAGUACGAACCAAACGGAAUGUUGCUUACCAUUAACUAAUUUCUCGGUUCCUUCUCGGAUCCAGACUCAUGCUAUACAAAUUCGCCCUGUUUUGGAUUCAAACCGUAACAGAUGUGGCAUUUCUACGGUAAACUGGUAAAUUGCUUACCAUUAAGCUUUCAACACCCCAGCCGGAUUUUUCUGUCAAAAUGGUAAGCACCCAAGUUGUAAAAACCGCCAAUGUGUCUGCCGGCUGCUUGAUUGUACGUCGCCGGCUACUCAGACCCCUCUACAUAGCUUCAGGGGCCUUGCUGCCCCUUGAUUGUCACAGCCGCCCGGAGUCGGCCGCCUUCUUCAAAACAUUUUGAAACCCUUAAGGAAAGUUCAUUUAAUAUGACAAGGGGGGGAUGAAGAUAUUGAGGGGGGGCUCCGAAAAUUUUUAGACACCCGAAGGGGGGGCUCUAAAAAAAUUGUUGCGCUAGAAGGGGGGACUCCGAAAAUUUGUAUACUUCAAAACCAACACAUGACAUCAUCAUACAGAUCGGAUGGUUUUCAACUCAACAAUUUAAUGACCUGUGCAACUCAGCUAUAUCACGUGGUUUACAGAUAUAACAAAAUUUGUUAUAUCUCUUCAUCCCAAAACUGCUUUAGAAAAUUGUAUCACAACUGUAUCUCAAGUUUGUCAUAGUAUAAAAUACAGUCUAACGAUCUUUUUUUCAGGGGAAAGGGAAUUGAAGGAGGAGAGGGGGGGCUGAAAUUUUUUCAACUACCAAGGAGGGGGGCUCUAAAAAUUGAACCGCUAGCGAGGGGGGCUGCUAAAAUUUCAAGCUUGAGUUUCAAUAUCUUCAUCCCCCCCUUGUCAUAUCAAAUGAACUUUCCCUUAGUAGUCUCCUUUGCAGCCGCUUAGGCCAGAGUCAUCCAAUGCUCCCCAUCCCCUCCAGGGGCAGGCCUGUCAACCCACAGGAACAGAAAAUCUGGACAUUUUCAAAAAGGCAGGUCAAAAUUUGGAGAUUCAUUUGGUUAGAAAGAAAAUGCCUGUAGUUUUCUUGCCGCUCACCAUUUUUUAGUCCCUCAGGUGCCCACCUUCAUGCUAUCAUGGUCAUCAGUAGCUGGUUAUGGUGAAUUAUACGUGUGCUUUUAGCCAAUCAGAAUCGGGGAAAUAUUUUGAAUUAUUAAAUUAUAAAGAUAAUUAUCAGAAAUACUGCGAAAAUUAUCAAAAGUUGAAAAUUAUCAUUAGCUUCUUUUCAAAAUUGUUCAUGCAUGUCAGUUUUCCAUGAGAGCAAGUUAAAACUGGCAGCUCCCAAAAGACUGGGAGAUUGGCUGGUUUGUUGGGGAAUGUCAGUUGACUACCAGAACUUAAGGCUUUGUAGAAAUUGACUAUAUAUCUUUACAUCUUUUAACACUGAACUAUCAUACAAAAAAAAUAAUGUAUUUUCCUCACUCAGUAAGAUAUAAGCUUUGGCUUAAAUUAAUUAUUAUUUGUAGUAAGUUACAGUUAUCUUCACAUGAUAACAAAUGGAUUGAACUACCUAUGACUUUUCUGUUCUUAGGUCUUCUUAGGAGACCAGCACUCUUGUACAUGCCAGACUUUUAUGAAGGAGAAAGAGCUCUGUGUUCAUAUCCUAUGGUAAGUGAACUGCAAAAAUUAGUAUGUGUAAUCAAUUGGUGAUGAGUGAAAUUAGGGAAUAAUUUCAUGCGCGUUUGGGGAAAUUAUUAGGAUUUGGACAAAAUGCAAGUGAAAUUGUUCCCUAAUUUCAUGUAUUACCAUUUGAUUACCUAUUAACAUCAUGGGUGACGAAUAACGUUAGCAAUCGUAGAUUUUUGACAUGUUCAUCCUGGAUCGUAUCAAUCGAGAACUCCACUCUCUCAAAUGUUUAGACCUUAAAUUUGGCUCAUAAAGUUCAGAAUGUUUCAGACUUUUUCGGCAAAAUACCUGUUAGAAUCCUUCUUGGUGUUCUCUUGUGUGUUCAGGUUUUCUAAAGCGUCUUUUUGUGCCCUGACAUCUUCAUUCAUGACAUUUUAAAACUUCGUCACCAUCUUGAAACGGAGACGUACAGCAGGUUGCCAUGGCAAUUUAGUAAUUUCACAUGUGAAAUUACAAAUUAGCGCUGAAAUUUCGCGCCAAAAUUAAGGAGUAAUUCGUCACCUAUGAUAUUAAGAAAGGUUAAUCUCUCUUGCAACAUCCUAAAACCCAUAACAGUGAUAAAUGUUCAGUUAUAGACAUGGCAACAUGCAGUGACCAGAAAACAGCUCAACUAGCUUUAAAAGUCCUUUUUUGUCCAGAUUUCAGGGGGCCAAUGGGUUAAGCCUCCCCUUGCCCUCACCCAUGCAGUGGUCUAGAGGUUUAUAAUGAUAUUAAUUCAGUUGUUUGUUUUAUAUGUAUAGGGUAUUGCUUAAGAAAUUUCGAGUGCCCAAAGAAAAUCCAAGUGAGUUUGAUCUUAUUGUACUGUUGCGUGCAUGUAUAUACACAUGACUACUUCCUAAUAUUAUCACUUCCUGCAAUACAUGUAGGUUGCAACUUUGUACUAUGCUGAUUUGGGUCUGAGGGAAGUACUUUAUGUACCCUGGCCACUAGCUUAUUAAUAAAGACCAGUAUAGAGAGAUGGUGGCAUGUUUUAGAUGUCCAAGAUACAUGCAGUCAUUAUUACAGUCAGAUCCCAUAAAUGAUUAUUGCAAACACCCUCAGGACUGCAAGAUAAUGUCCUUAAUAUUAUAACAGGGUUAGAGUCUGUAAUAACCAGCCAGAUUUAACUUCAGUCAAAUAUUUUUGCUACGGAGUACAGAUGUAGCACCACUGCUCUCCAUGUUAUCGGGGUGUCAUGAUCAGUAAUACAGUGAGGUGUCCAGAAGGAAUUUUUAGAGAUGCCUGCAUGUAUAGAAAACCGGCAGAUCUGUUCACAGUCUGCUACAGAUUUGCUGGCAGAUGAGCAGAUUUGGAGAUGGUUGGUCGUUCCUCAGGAUGAAUUCAAAUACCGGCUUAUUGGUUAAUAUGUGUGUUUAAUUCUGUCUUUAAAACAUUUUUAGUAACUUUCCAACUGUCACUGGUGGAGCGUGAGAUUAAUGAAGUCAUGAGAGGAUGCCAUGCAAGGUCACACCCAGCAAAGAAAAAAGACUCUGAGAAGGACCUCAUCAUCUUUGAUGGCAGGGAGAAACUUAAACAGAAAGAAAUAGAAACAGAAGAUGUUUGUCCUAUCUGCCAGGAAGAGUUCUUGCAACAACCUGAACCACUCACAUUUUGCAAGUAAUGAAUUGAUAAUGUGUACCCUUUAAUUAAUUAAAAUACAUGUAUUGACUUUUAAAAAAAUGCAAAAGUCCCUGUAGGUUUCAGUGUGUUUUAGCAUACAGCUUUUGGGCACUAUUGUUUGCUUGAUCGAGGUUUAAACAGAGCAGCUACUCUUGCAUCUGGUGCCAAAGAGUACGAAAGCUUUCCCAAGAUUUUUAUUAAUGGUUUUAAUGAAACACUGCAGAACAUUACCAAGGAUGUUACAAACUGAAAUAUAGAUGUACACUGUACACUUGUGUGAAUGUUCCCGAGAAAUAAUAAAAAUUUAAAAAAUUCUGUACCAAAGGAAACAAAAUUUUGUUGUUUUAAAUUUACAAGCUACUGUGUUCAUCUUCAGAUAUGCGCAUAUUUCCAUUAUUUUAUCUUUCAAAUGAAUAUACUGUAUGUAUGACUUUCUUCUUGUAAUAAUUUGCAUGCAGGUAUGGAUGUGGAAACAAUGUCCACGUGAAAUGUAUGAAGGUUUGGGCAGAACAUCAACGUUCCACUGGUGAGAACAUCAUUAAGUGUCCACUCUGCAGGGUCGACUUUGGAUCAUUUCAGGUUUGUAAGCCAGAAAAAAGAAUUAUUUGCUCCAUUAAUGAUUUGCAAUUGAAUGAUUUCCCUGCAUCAUACUUUCAGCAGUGGGACGUAUGCAAAACAUGGACCUCCAGCCCAUGGACCACUCCUGUGGACCUACUCCAUGGACCCUUCGAGGACCAAGUCCAUGGUCUACCCAUGCGGACCACCCCUAAUUUUUGAAGAUGAAUUUUACUAGAGGUUUAAACAAAUUUUAAGAACCUUAAAUGGAUGAAUCUGUGUCUAUAAAUCAUAUAUUAUUAUUAUCAGGAUAAUUUGGUCAAAUUUUUCCUGAAUUCCAUACCAAUGUAAUGAAUUUGGGUUAGUCUGCUGAAGUAGUAAUAUUUUUAAUAAUAUUUGAAGAAAAAGGGGAAGGGAGGAAGGUAGUCUCCUCAUGUCUUUUUAUUUAUGUUGACGCGUUGCGUGACAUCACCAAAAUGGCUGCAUGGGAGACUAGGGAGGAAGAGGUAUUUUAAUAAUGCAUUUUAUGAUUGCAUGAGUACCUUCCUCAAACAUGCCUUCCCUUGAUUGCCCUUAAUAGAAAUGUUCACUCGGCAGCAAACUUAUUGAAUCCUGCUUAGGGAUCAAUAAGCAUAAAAUGACCUGCAUACGUAAUCUCAAACAAUGUGGUUGGUCAUACAGACAUCUAACAUUAACGUCAAACUUCACAGACAUGACAGUUAUAUAUCUGCAGGUCAUUUUGUGCUUGAUCAGGGUAAGCAGGAUUCAAUAAGAUUGCCAAUCUGAUGAAUAAACAUUUCCAUGGGCUAUAAAGGGAAGGCAAGUCUGAGGAGAGUAUGCAACAUGACAACACAAAACAAUGUCUCUGUACCACAAAUGUUGUUACCGGGGGGGGGGGGGCACUUGGGUAUUUUUUGGGUGGAUAUGUGCCACCCGGGACUCCAAAUUGGCACCCGUUCUAAAAACAAUUUCCCCUAAAAUUGAUACCCCUUUCUAGAAAUAGGCCAAUUUUUUAUACCCCAUUCUAGAAUUCGUCCUAAAACUGAUACCCCGUUCUAGAAAUGGGCCAAUUUUUUAAAGUCCAUUCUAGAAAGUUUGUAAAUUGAAAUAGCCCUGUUUUUUUUAAAGAUAUUUCUUUAUUUGUUCGACUUAUACAUCAAAUAAAUGCUUCUUCAUGAUCAGCAACAAUUUUAAGCAGAAGAUAAAGCCAAGCCUUGAUCCACAAUUUUUUAUACCCCACUCUAGAAAACGCCUCUGAAAUGGAUACCCUGUUCUAAAUCAGGAGCUUCAAAAUCAUGACCCCGUUGGGCGGCACAUACCUCUACCAGACUUGACCGAACCCAAUUUUAUAUGGAAUUCAAGAAAAUUUGAACAGGUGUAUAAUGUGAGAGACCCAUAGCCCUGAUAUAUUAUAUAAACUGACAGAAGUUUUUUCCAAUUGAAGGUUCCUAAAAUUCAUUCAGACCUCUGCUAUAAUUCAUCUUUAAAAAUUAGCGGUGGUCCACAGCUAGUGGUAGUCCAUGGGUCCAUGAAGUAGGUCCAUAGAUCAUGGGUUCAUAUUUUGUUAUAUCCCCAACUGUGAGUGAUGUAAUUAGUUUUUUGUAUAAUUAAGCACAUAAAUUGUAAAAAAAGUCACAAUUAGUGGUUUAACAUCAUUGUGUUGGUAAAACUGUACGGUCAAUAAAUAGAAUAAAAAAUAAAAAAUAACGGUACUGCACAAUUUAGUUUCCCUUAGCUCAAAUAAACAACAUUUAAAAUAACUUGAUGAUGGGGCAAAUUAGAAAAAAAAUGCCUCUGGAUGGUUAGGAGCUUUUCUCAGAUUUUUAAAUGUGAUAAUACGUGGAGUCAUUUAUCUUUCACUUGUCGUUGUUUGUGUAUAUUGCCAAAGUUAUGUAUUGUUAAGUUAGUUAAUGCCCUACUCCUCACACCACACCUUGAAAAAUUCACAGUAAGAUUCCUGGUCACUUACUCAAAAGAUUAAAUACUUUUUAAAAGGAAUUGAUGGACGAAUUUCACAAGUCAUCCCGGCGCAAAACAAGAGCAGAAAGACAAGAUCUUCACCUAGGGGCUACUUGCAAAAAAUGUAGAGUGUGUCCUAUUGCAGGAAAAUGUUAUAGGUAAGAAAUUGUGAACACAACUGGUAUGCCAUACACACACUGUAGGUGAAAGUGGCCUCUUUUGUUUCAUGUCCACCUGGGCCCUAUAAUUUCCUAUAUGACUGAUAUUGUUUGGCCACUGUUUAAUCAUAACAUUGUAUGCACUUUAGUGUAUGUUAAUUUUGUUUUAAUCUGAGAAAUGCCGAUAUUAGACAACUUACACAUAAGGGUACAUAAAUUAUCUAUAACAGAGAUUUCCACUGGAUUAUGAGUUUCUCAACAUACAUGCUAUAUAAUAUUACACUUAUCACACUAUUGUUAAAGAUAUUUAGGAUCACAAAAAUCAUACUUUAUUAUCUAUCGUGUCUGUCAGGGUUAUCAAGGAUCACCAGGUUUAACUCGCAAAUCAAGAAUUAGAGUAAUUUUUUUGGCUCUAUGAAAAGUAGUCAGAUUGCUACAGAAGACAACAAUCCCCCGUGAUGACAAGAAGAGGGUGUUGUGGGGGGUGGAAAGGAUUAGUUUCAAAAGUUCGUGACCUGUGUUCCCUGUUUUCUGUUCUUUAAAUCUAUGAACUUAAUUAGGUUCACUUACAAGUUAACAGUUAAGUAAUGAUCCAGGUAAGAAGGGAAGCAAUUUCUUUUGUUGUGGCGCAAUACGCUUUCCUCACAUAGAAAUGUUUUCAUUUUUACGCAGAGAAUGCAUAAAUCUACAAAAAAGCUGUUUACGAAAGAAAAUGUAUUUAAACUCCACUUUUAAAGGGUGUAUUUUUGUGUUAAAACAUUUCGACCAAUCACAAGAGAAAUGUUCACAAUUUUACAUGAUCCGCACAUACGAUUUCUGUGUUAAUUAGACUCAGACGAGAUACAUGCUGCUUUGCGAAGACUUCGUAAAAUUUGAUGUUUAAACCAAUCAGAACCUUAGUAGAGACAAUAGUAAAGUUAGCAUGUUUUUGCAUUCCGACGUGUUCACUGCGUUUUGGUCCUUUCCUUCUUCUCUAGACCAUUACUUAAAAACCAAACUCUAGUAUCUGAGUGUCCAUGACACCCUGCCACAGCAGCCACACUCAUGGCUUGCACGGCAGUUCAAAAUAUCACAGUUUAGGAUACCAUUCUCCUUGACUUGCUUAAUUUAGAAUGCCUUUCAAUGUAAAUCAUGUGCUUCUUCUUUCCUCAGAUGUGUUGUUUGUUCAGAUUACCAUCUCUGCCAUGCAUGUUUUGCCACAGAUACCCACACCCAGCAUUCCUUUCAGUUUCGACAAGUAAGGCAUUCAUAAUUAUAUCGCCCCGUGGAAGGGAAUCCAAGACAGACUUGGAUUCUGGAUUCCGCACGGCGUGGAUUCCGGAUUCCAGGCACUGGAACUUGGAACUUGGAUUCCGGAUUCCCAUCAAUAGUGGGAUGGCGGAUUUCUUGAGCUGUAUUCCGGAUUCCAAAGCCCAGGAUUCCACAAGCAAAUUUUCCCAGAUUCUGGAUUACACAAGCAAAAAUUUCUUGGAUUCCGGAAUCUGAAUUCCCUUACAUGAGGCGAAUCAUAGACAUUUUUUUUGGAAACCCUUUCACUCAGACUAAAAGCAGGCAAAAUAAAAAUUCACCUCAAAAGUGAAUGACUUCUUUUGGUAAAUCCUUAGAAAUAAAUAGUACUUAACAGAGGUUUUGUCAAAGAGGUUUAAUUUGAAUGGUAACACCAUGCGAUUUCGUUCACGUUAGAGUGACAAAUGACCUCGCCACAACUUGGAAAAGCCUUGAAACGGUUAAUAUUACGUAACAGAAAGGAUAAAAUAGUUUUUCUCUUCCAUACUGUCCCACUUCAUGAACUGUAUCUGAACGCCUCGAACAGGCUAUAAUCUAUUGCUUCCUGCAGGCUUCUUCUUGAUUUCAAGAGUGUGCUUACAAUCUCACGUCCACUUUUUCGCCGGGGGAGUGCCUGAAAAACUCCGUUUCUGUUUAUUCUGAGAACCUGAGAAUACAUUUGCUUUGUUAAAUUUAUCAGCGAUACUGAGUUUUACGAAUAGGUCAAGAUUAUUGAUUGAAUGCAAGUUUAAAAAUGUUAACGAACUGCUGAUUAAUCUUUCUUAUUUGGCAGAAACUAAGUGAGCGCUGGCGGGCAGCACAAAGAAUUACUCCAUUGCCAAAUGCUGUCAUAAACGAUUUACAGAACCGAGACAUAUCUGAUGGCGAUUAUGAACUACUGCUUCAACUUGACAGGUGAAUUAGGCUCGAGAAAUAAUUACGACUACUGUUAUAUUAUUUCCUUAAGGAUUCCCAAAGGUUCAAAUUUUCAUUCAAAAGGUAUUAAUAAUCAACAGGUAAAAUUGACACUCCAAGGCAAAGUUUAACAAUCCGUUCUGUUUCUGAAACUUGAUGCUCAACCGUACUCAAGACGCCAUGUGUUUUGCGAACAUAGUGCCGUACGUUGCGGGGAAAAUUUUGCCCGAAGCACAAGCACAUACAGUGUACACAGGGUUACCCGACGACAAUUUUCGGAAAAAUAUCUGUUCGGAAGACGAUUUGAGAACUAGAAUUUUCGGAAAUUUCUUCCUUGCCUGCUUCUCCUAGGAUUUUCGAACAUCUAAAAAAUGGUAUAAUUGCCUAUUUUUAACGGAUUUUUACCCUAAAAAGGUCACCUAGAAUUUUCGGGAGCCUUUUUUCUGGCUGAAAUUUUCGAAAAGGUAAGUUUUGAUCUCUAUAAUUUUCGGAUCACUAGACUUUCAGCUAGGAAAUCCGAACAGAUGAAAAAUUUUUAGGGGAUAAAAAUAUGCCUAUAUCUACCGUUUAAAUACCAAAAUACGUUUAACAAUGCCAUGUUUAAGUGGUUUUGAACUAUAUUCUCGUUGGGUGCCCCUGUGUACAGAAACUUGUCCCUGACUCGAGCUCAUUUAAAACAGCCGACAUUUCGUGACACCACCACUGGUUUCCCGCGAAAUGACGCCAGAAAUCAGAAGUGACGUCAUUUUGCGGUAAAAGUAUUGGCGGCGUCGCGAAAUGUCGCGGGCUGUUUUCUCAGGUUGGAGCGCUAUGUGUUUUAAGCGUUAUGGUUAAUUGAGUAAACGAGAGUUAAUGUUUCACGUUCGUUGACAUGAUGUGUAAUUCUCAUUGCAUGCUGGUAUACUCUUCCUCCAACCACAGACAAGUAACUGACCAGCAAGGACUUCCUGCCAAUAUAAUCUUCAAUCUACCAACUCAAGUGUUGCAAGACAGACACAGACUUGUUACAGAUGGCAGCACCUGCGGUGUGUGUUUACAAGGAUUCCAGGCCAGACAGUGCAUAAGAACUCUUCCGUGCCAGCAUCCCUUCCACAUUAGCUGUAUAGAUAAUUGGCUCACAAACCAUUCUCAGUGCCCUGUAGAAGGUUCUUAUGUUGGAUCAGUAAUCGCUGCCACAGCUACCAAUGGAAGGUCCAGAGAGGUCCCUGGUAUUGGCCGUCUCACUUCUGGUGUAAUCGGCAAUCAUGGCUUAGGCGGGGCUGGUAAUAAAAAGUCUGGGCAGAGAUUAAAGGCUCUCACUGAUAGAAACAAUUCAGAGAAAAGUUUACCAAGUAGUUUUACGCUCAGCGGGUCAGGACUGUUGGCCACAAAUAGCAGUAAGACAAGGUGAGUCCGGCUGGUUUUUUCCAGAAUCAAAGAUUAGAGUGUUCGCUUUCUUAACGUCAUAACAAGAGGAGGAAAUGGAGGACUUUAUCGGGCCGAGAAUGCCGGUUUAUUUGUUCGAAUUUGGCUUGGUACAAGAACCUAAACAAUUAGUUGACUCGCUUGUUGGCAUAUCUGUACUGUUACAGACAUAUCCUAAACGUACACAUCUGUAUUGAACUCUGUUGUGGAUGGGCCCUGUCAGUGUAGUUACCUGUAUAAUUCGUGUUUGGGGUACGUUAAAAGCUUCAGAUUCGGUCAAGCAGAAGUAUGGGAAAGAAAAUUGGUGUCAUUGUGGCUUGGAACCUCUUGUUACCACGGUACAACAAAGUACCAGACUACCAAACGUGCUUUGAUACAUACGGCAGUUCGCGCGUUCAUCAAAUAAAAAUGCGUUAGGGUAGAGGGCAGUGACAUCCUAGGACAGUCUAAUUCAAAAAAUCUAAUUUUGGAAAAUCUAUUUUUACUCCAGAUCAAGUGGAGCUGGAAUCAACACCCUUGAUCAUUCGCGCCAUGUUCCUGUAUCAACCGUCGAGCCCCCGCAGCUUGAUCAACCUACAAUUUCUCCUCACACCUCUUCGGCCGCACAGUUUGCCAGAUUGUCAUCCGCGGGUCGGAACGGGUCUGGGUCCCGCCUGCCAGAAUCCACGACUGGAAUUAAGGGAUUUACCAGACAUAAUUUAACGUUUAGUCCUGUCAGCGCCAAGCCGCCAAUGCCACCGCAAACUUUGAAUAAUAACAGAAGUUCCAGCAGUGAAGUCAGACGGCCAAGGGCUAAGCUACACAGGUCACAACGAAGCAAUGUAAGUACGCAGAGUAUUUGAAAUUGCGGGUCACUUAUACCCUGUGGGUAGAGGACAGUGCUGUCCAUCUAGGUUAGUUUUAUAGUUAACAAUGUUUAUUUAGGCUAGUUUCUUUCGGAUUGUGUAUUGUAUUGUUAUUUUUGAAUUAGUUUUAUUUCAGUGUCCCCAGUUGGCAGAGUUUUUUUUAUCUUCUAUUCGAGCUUCGAGAUGGACCUAUUUUGCCCGCAGCGAAUGCUUCCUUUACCAAAAAGAAAAGAAUUGUGGCGUAGAACAAACGUAGGUUCUUGAUGUUUCCUUUGUUUGUGCAGUCUACAAGUGUCAAUAACAAAUUCUGUCAUUCUUUCAGUCUGUUGGAGAACUUAGUUUGUUAGCAUCGGGUACUGCUGUGCAGCUUGGAUCGCAGACGCCGCCCUUGAGCACGGACAAGAGACAGCGAGGACAGCUUGUCAAGGGUAGUUUCACAGCCAAGAGUUCGAGACAUUCUCUGUCUGAUCCCGGACUCGCAGUCACAUUAGAACCUGUGAUCGCGUCAGGAAUUUCCGUGCAUCUUCCCCCUGUGGACAUAGAUUGAAUAUCUCAUUGAAUUUUCUGGUAGUUCCUUGGUGUUGCACUUGUGAGACAGCAAAGAAAGGAGACCUUUUGAUUCUAAGACGAGAACGCCGGACUAUUAGGAUGAGAUUUUCUCUAUCAGUAGUGCGCGUGUGAAUCAAAAACGUAGAAGCCGUCGUCAUUUUUCUACGGGUUUCAGAAGAAUGUCGCAGUGGCAAAAACAAGUUCUCAAAAGUUGGAAGUUUCACCAUUUUGCGAUCGGGAGAGGGUUUAACCUCCUUUAAUAAAAAAAACCGUGCUGACUUUUCUGAUGAAAAAAGUACAAUAAAGCUUUCCGGGGUGUGUAUUUUUUGAGAAUACACGAAAAAAUUAAAGUUAAAUCUCGUUUCGCAGGCGUUCUCGUCAUCGAAUCUAAAGAUCUCUAAUUUCCACACCACCACAAAACAGGUCAACGACAAAAGUUAGCACCACAAGAACACGACCCAGUCAAUUCAAAGGUGUAAAACUUUUGUUACAAGC